UUUCUUAAAAUUCAAAAUAGGACAAGGGAAACAUCAAAUCAAAUUAUUUAAAAAAAUAUUAUUUAUUGUCAAUAAUCUAAAUACUUCAAUACUAACUUAUAGUGUUCAAAUUUUAUUCACAAUAAUUAAUCCAACAAAUAUGUCGUGGAAUUUUUUUAUGACAACUAAACCCCUUUCACCAUUUUUAGACAUAGUUCGAUAUGCUAGUAAGAAAACUGGAGGCAGUACAAGAAAUACAAACUGUAAAGUUAAACCAAAGCAUAGAGGCUGGAAAGUUCAAGAUGGGCACAGUGUGCAAGCAGGACAUAUAUUAGCUACUCAAAGAAACCUAAGAUUCCAUCCAGGUUUAAAUGUUGGAAUGGGGCGUAAUGGCACAUUGUUUGCUAUGGAACCCGGGAAAGUUGUGGUGACUUGUGAAAAAUUUGAACCAAAUUGGGAGCAUACAUGGGUUCAAAGAAUUUAUAGUGGAAGAGGUGACCAAGUAAUUUUUAAGAAGUAUUUUAAUAUCAUACCCAAACCACAACAUAACCGAUUUAAGUUAAUAGAGGAAAUGUAAUAUUAUUUGUAAAUAAAUAGAGUGAUAAAACUUAGCUUUAGGUCUAUAGAUAUAGUUUUAUUGUGUUCCCCUCAUGUUAAGUGAACAAGAGUUUAAUAAAGAUGUGCUAGUAGA